AACAGUCUAGUGCUCUGAUAUUUCAAGUACUUACAAGUAUGUCAUGCUAUGAUAAGUGGCAAUCAGAAUCCAAGUUAGUAAACAUAGUAUAUGAGGAAUUAAUUUUAAUCGUGCAGAUUAAAUAAUCAAAAUUAAUAAAAGUGAAUAUUACAAACAUAACAUAAUGACGACCUCAAUGUACAUGUACAAUGACACUGCAUACGAACACUAUUACUAUACCUACGAGGUAGAAUCCUUCGUUAACUUGAUACCGGAAAAAAAAUUACUGGAAAUAUUGAACAAAUGCUUCGUUGCUGCUACGAUUCUGGUCACUUUCGCUGACUUCCUUUUGCUGGUAACCAUCUUCUCUGCGCAAGUUCGACAACAAUCAGCAGGCUGGUACAUGGCUCAUUUAAAUUUCUUGACCAUUCUUCGUGUUUUGUCUCUGCUCCCAAAACUCGAGGGUACAUUCCAUACAUCAUACGGGACAUGUAUGUUUUACACUUACUUAGACUGGGCAUUUUCUUUACUCUACGUCACAAACCUCAUUUUAAUGGAUGUUGAAAUAAUUGCAACGGUGUUUACUACAAGUCCGAGAUGGAAAGCUUGUUCGAAAAAAAGAUUUUUCAUCUCCAUGACAAUUCUUUGGAAUGCCUCCCUUUUAACAUCAGCCGUCAUAUCGUUCUUUGGCUACGAAGAACACAUAGCUAUUCCAAUUUGCUUCAACCAAAACAAAGCAGCCCAUAUCCUCGGCGCUGUAUUUAAGGAAAGGAUGCCGUUUGCAAUUUCAAUUAUAUUCUCAAUAACGGGCACUGUAUUCUUCAUUCGGACAAAAAGAAAACCGGAAAACUACAAUCACGUGACUGAGAACAGUAACAGUGUACAGACAAUUAACGAAUGGUUCGCGUGUUUUAUGGCCUGGAAUACAUUUACAUUCUCAACAUCAGCCGUGGUCUUUGUCUUGCAUUCUCACAUGCAUACCUUAGGUUUCGCUUGGAUUAUAGCACUCCAAAUGGUUCUCGGUGUAAUAUAUGUUUCACUUCCUUUGACAUGCAUAUUCCUGGAACCGGUGCGAACAGUUUUUAGAGAAUGGCCGGCUUCAUGCAUUCGAUCUAUGUCUGCAUCUAGACGUGUAGAGGCAGACACUCAACAUUUGCCGAUCGAAAUGGAAACCUGCUAAUGACUUGAUAGAUCAAAUAUGAUAUUUGUAUGAGAACAAUGAAUCGUUGUAGUGACAAUUGAUAUAAUGUUGUAAUAUCUUACAAUGUGUCAAUUUAUUUUAUGCUGAAGUAACCACCAAGUUUCAAUUCACAUGCACAAAUUAUUGGUCAAUCAAGUGUUAUGCAUGUUUUUCUUAAAAACUUUCAAAGAAGGAAAAGAAAGUGUUUUUUUUUAACUCUUUCAUGGUGUAUAUUUUAUACAUCAAAAAGCUCUGUCAUUUUACAAUUGUCAGCUCUGUCAUUUUACAAUUGUCAGCUCUGUCAUUUUACAGUUGUCUAUGCAUUAUCGGAUAACUGACUUUCUUCUGGUCUUGUAUAUACAUUGUAUUUCACAUAUUAUGCACACGUAGAUGAACUCCAGAUCUUUGUUUGUUUGUUUUUGGUUAGUUGGUUGGGCUGCAACAACACUGCACAUGUCAAAUGACGACUUUCCUUUCCAGCUUUACUGAUUGAGGAAGCCCUCAAGUGCCCAUCUGUGCAUUAUUUCAGGCACGAACGUGCACAUGAGAAGGCGUCACGUAAGAAAAUAAUUAAAAGUCCCUGGCGGAGAUAUUCAAACACACAACAGUAAGAGGGUCUAGUAGUUUUAAGUCAACAACCUUAACCACUCGUCUACGGACUCUCCUAAUUUCAGAUGGUGACAGGAGGAACUUACCUUGGUUUGGUUUGGUUUGGUUGAAAGAAUGUUACACAAAAAAGAGAAUACAUAUGUA